GGUAGCCUGCGGCCCAGAAAUCAGAUUGUGGGUUUGUUGGACUCUCAGCAACGUAAACAGGGGAAUGGAUUUUUCCAAAACAGUAAAUUUAAAUGGCACUGUUUAAGCUUCCCCUGAUGUUGUUGGGUUGGCAGUUGAAGCAGAUGGUCCUGAGUGCUCCUGUAGAGACCUCACUGUUUAAAUAUGCCUUUGUGCCUCAUUUCAUCUCUUUCCAAAUGGAAUUUCCCUGCAGUCAUUGCCGAGGGAAUGACUCCGCCACAAAGGAUCCUCUUUCCCCCCGAGAAGAUUUGCAUGGUCUGGCAGCAAAGACAGAGUGCUGGAGCAGGACUCCUCAAUGUGGGCAACACCUGCUUCCUUAAUGCUGUCCUGCAAUGCCUGACAUACACCCCGCCGCUGGCCAACUAUCUGCUCUCCCGGGAGCACAGCCAGGCCUGUCGCCAACAAGGCUUCUGCAUGAUGUGCAUCAUGGAAGCGCAUGUUAACAAGGUCCUGCGUUCAGUCAGUGCCAUCCUGCCUUGGGCUGUUCUCAGGGCUUUCAGAUUCAUAGGAGAACAUUUUCAGCUUGGCAGGGAGGAAGAUGCCCAUGACUUCUUAUGCUGUACUGUCAAUGCCAUGCAGAGAGCUUGUCUGAGUGCAAGCAACGACUUGGACAUAUCAUCUCAAUCUACUACCAUUGUCCAUCAAAUAUUUGGAGGCUUUCUGAGAUCCAGAGUCAUCUGCUUCAGCUGCAAAGCCAUUUCUGAUUCCUAUGAGGCCUUCCUGGAUGUCCCCUUGAAUAUCAAAGCAGCCUCAUCCCUCACUGCAGCUCUGGAGGACUUUGUAACACCGGAGCACCUGGAUGGGGAAAACUGCUUUAAAUGUAGCAAGUGUGAGAAGAAUGUUGCCGCCACUAAGAGGUUCACUGUCCACUGUGCACCCAAGGUUCUCACUGUGUGUCUGAAGAGGUUUGACUGCUUCACUGGUGGCAAGAUCAGCAAGGUUGUAGAGUAUCCGGAGUACUUGGAUCUUCGCCCAUACAUGUCUCAGGCAGAUGGAGAAGCACUCCUCUACUCCUUAUAUGCUGUCCUGGUGCACAGUGGUGUCAGCUGUCAUGGAGGACACUAUUUCUGCUACACAAAGGCCAGCAAUGGAUUGUGGUACCGGAUGGACGAUGAAUCUGUGCAGCUGUGUUCCAUUGACACAGUUCUCAGGCAGCAAGCCUACCUGCUGUUCUAUGCCAGAUGCUCUGAUCUGAGAAUUGGAGAAAGGGCUUCUUCCUCACUGGCACCAUCACAUGCCCCUUCCUUCCUCAGUCAGUGUGUGGCCAGCAGCAAGCAGGCGGGCUCUGUUGGACCACAGGCUCUGACUGUCAGCUUGGAAGCUCUGGCAGUUUUAACAGGAGGUUUGUCUGCAAACAAGAUGGAGAGACGUUACGAUGAUGGAUGCGGCUUCAUCCCCCCUCACAACCCUGGGGACUCCUUGGAGAUGAAGGGCUGCUGUGCCAGCACCUACUGCUCCAGGAAGGGAGUGCAAGGGGAAGAUGCUACACUCGCAGGUGCAAAGAAGGUUCAUUUUGCCAUGGGAUCCCAGGAGGUCACCAUGCACAUCGUCAAUGGGGUCUGA